AAGAGACCAUAUAAAGAGAAUAAGAAUAGCUAGUGGAGGAGAAAUUAAAGAGAGAAAGAGAAUUAAAGAGAGAGAGAGAGAGAGAUGUUGCUGGAUCAAAGAUCAAUAGAUUUGGUAUUAGUCCCUAGUGGCCUUGUUAUCAUGGUUGGGUACCAUCUCUUCCUCCUCUACCGGAUUCUUCGGUGUCCACACACCACCGUAAUCGGAUACGAGAACCACAACAAGCGAGCCUGGGUCGAGAGGAUGUUGCAGGGGAGUCAGAAGGAGACGGGCAUUGCCUUGCAAGUGAUAUCGACCAGCCGGUCGGCGUCCGCGAACCUCGCCUCAGUCUCUAUCGCGCUGAGCUCCCUCAUCGGCACGUGGGCCCACGGGUCGACGUCGAAACCCCUCAUGGCCGAGGUGGUCUACGGCGACACGAGCCAGUCCACGGCCUCCUUGAAAUACGUCUCCAUCCUCCUCUGCUUCCUCGUGGCCUUCAUUUGCUUCGUCCACUCCUCCCGAUAUUUCGUCCAUGCCAGCUUCUUGAUCAGCACGCUCGACUCUGACAUUCCGGUCAGCUACGUCCAGACCGCGGUGAUACGGGGUGGCACCUUCUGGUCGAUGGGGCUCAGGGCGCUGUACUUUGCGACCACCUUGUUGCUGUGGAUCUUCGGGCCGAUUUCGAUGUUCGCGUGGUCGGUGUUUACGGUGGCGGUGUUGUAUAUACUGGACAGUAAUUCGACGCCGCUCCACCAAUUCCAGUUUGGCGCGGCCGGAAUGGAGAGGAUGACGGCGAAACCUGGACCAAGAAAUGUGGUCGGGAAUCCAACGUCCUCUCCUCCUGCUUCUUACCUAAGUUGAGAUCUCUUUAUAAGGCUUAUAUAUGUUGAUAAAUAUGAGAAAUUAUUCGGUACUUUAUUAUUAAAAAAAUAAAAUAAAACUUAACCGUUGAUUAA